GGAGAAGUAGGCAGUUACUCGCGUGAGGACGGCGUGGAGGGUUGCUGUUUGGGGUGCUCCUUUUCUCGCCUCCCGCCAUGUCUGACUGGGACGCGGAAAGCGAUGAGGACGAGCCGUGCGAAGCCCUUACCAAGCCCUCUCUUGUCGAGUGGCGCCCGGCGACAACGAGGGCGGAUCCUCUGAAAGCCAGUGGGAGCCGCGGCUCCAUGGCCAAAGAGCCGGAGGGAAGAGGCGGCGGAAGAAAAUGGGGCUCGCGGCCGGCGUCUGCCCGCGAGCCGUGGCAGUCGGGACCCCUGGAGUAUCGGGCCCGAGGCUCCUUUAAGGGUGGAGACAGGAAGAGCGCGGGAUCGCCACCGCUAUGCUUUCACCUGGAUAAUGCUCUCGUUGGCAUCCUCAUAGGUCGAAGUGGAAGUAAAAUAAAAGAACUUGAGGAAUCAUCAGGUUGUAAAAUACAGGUUGUAAGAGGAAAUUAUGAAGCUGAAAUAAAGAUAUUUGGUGGUAAUGAUAAGCAAACAAAAGCCAAAAUGAUGAUUGAAGACCUUAUUGAGAGGUGUAGCCAAAGCAAUGCAGGAGAAAGGUGUGUUAAAGAUUCUUUCAAACAUCAAGAUGUAGGAACCACUUGUUACAAUGAAAGUCAUUCUGGUGUUCUGAAGUCUGGCUACAGUAAUCCAAAACAGUCCAUUAACUGGGCAUCCCUUCGAGAAAAUAAAGCUAGAUAUGAAGCUAUGAAGUGGGCUGAUUUGCCUCCAAUUGAAAAAUGUUUUUACAAAGAAGUGCCAAAGAUUGCCUCAAUGUCACAAGAAGAAGCUAAUAGGUGGAGAAAAGAAAACAAUAACAUCACAUGUGAUGACCUGAAAGAUUAUGAAAAACGUCUGAUUCCCAAUCCUAUCUGUAAAUUUGAAGAUGCUUUUAACCAAUAUCCUGACAUUAUGGCAAAUAUAAGGAAAGUUGGCUUUCAGAAGCCUACUCCAAUUCAGUCACAGGCUUGGCCAAUAAUACUUCAAGGAUUCGAUCUCAUUGGAAUAGCACAGACUGGUACCGGAAAGACGUUGGCUUAUCUGAUGCCUGGGUUCAUUCAUUUGGAUUUACAGCCAAUACCUAAAGAAAAGCGUGGUGGACCAGGUAUGUUGGUUCUCACUCCCACUCGAGAAUUGGCUCUUCAAGUUGAGGCAGAGUGCUCAAAAUAUUCCUAUAAAGGAAUUAAAAGCAUUUGCAUAUAUGGUGGUGGAGAUCGAAAAGGGCAAAUCAGCAUGGUUACCAAAGGUGUGGACAUCGUUAUAGCUACUCCGGGUAGAUUGAAUGACCUCCAAAUGAACAACUUCAUAAACCUGAGGAGCAUAACUUAUUUGGAAUCCUUUACAGGAUCUACCACAACCAACCCUUGGUGCAUGAGCAGAAAGUUCUUGCAUUCACACUUGGAAAACGACAACAUUUUCAUUAUGCUGAGAGGGGGAAGUCGGAAAGUCUCUGUUGCUACAUGGCCAGAUGGUGUCCGCCGUCUUGCAAAAUCAUAUUUGAAAGAUCCUCUGAUUGUGUAUGUUGGUACUCUUGAUCUAGCGGCAGUAAAUACAGUAGAGCAGAAGGUUGUUAUUAUUCCAGAAGAAGAAAAAAGAGCUUUUACACGUUACUUCAUUGACACGAUGAAGUCUGAAGACAAGGUCAUCAUUUUUGUGGGAAAGAAACUUACUGCCGAUGAUCUGUCGAGUGAUUUUGGUCUUCAGGGAAUUCCAGUUCAGUCUUUACAUGGUAAUAGAGAACAGUGUGAUCGUGAACAGGCUUUGGAGGACUUCAAGAAAGGCAGAGUUCGUAUCUUGAUAGCAACUGACUUGGCUUCCCGUGGACUUGAUGUGCAGGAUAUCACUCAUGUCUUUAAUUUUGACUUUCCUCGCAAUAUUGAAGAGUAUGUUCAUAGAGUAGGCCGUACUGGACGUGCAGGACGCACAGGGGAAGCUGUAACACUUGUGACUAGGAAUGACUGGCGGAUUGCAUCUGAAUUGAUUGACAUUCUGGAAAGAGGAAACCAGGUAAUUCCUGAAGAAUUAAUUUCAAUGGCAGAAAGAUACAAGCAGUUUCAGUUGAAAAAAGAAAUGGAAAAGGAUUUAGGAAGGCCUCGUGGGAGAUCUCGGAAAAGCUUUUAAUCCAUACUUGAACACAGGAGGAAACCUUGUACAUAAAGCAGUAAUUGUCAACUCUGAAGUUUUAUCUGCUCAUGAGUACCAACAUCUUGAUCAACGGAGUUCAAAAAUAUUGGAAAUUAGGCUGGCUUACAAUUUUUUCAAAUUUUAUCUGUUCUCUGUAAUGUAUUCUAAUACAGUGCUGUAUUAAAAUAUGUGGACUAUUUUGUUAGGUUUCAGUUUUUGAUGCAUUUUGGUUGAGAGUAAAAGCUUAUACUUUCAGUUUAAUACCAAAGCGUGUUCAUUCUUGGUUUUGUAGCUUGUAGUCAUUUCAUUAGAUGGGAGAACUUCACAGAAUAAUGCUGAUAAAAGUGCUUAUAUUUUCAAGAAAAAGUAACAAUGAGGCAAACAGAUCCUCCCCAACCUCAAUUUAAAAUUAGCCCUAUUCCAUGUGUUUUUGUGUGCUACAUCUCUUUUAUUGGUAAGAUGUGGUAUAUUGACCCAUUUGCAUGCCUAGUGAAUUCCACCUGUAGAUUUAUAGUGGGUCUGUAAAAUGGUGAUGGUAGGAUACUGAAAGUUUUAUAAGAACUGCCUUCAGUAACGUUUUGCUUUCUGAAUCUUUAUUUGCACUAAAACUGUUUUAAAAGAAUAAAGCAAUAUUAUUUUCAUGGA